ACCCUAUUUGCAAAACUUUCACAUGUUCAAGUUUUCGUCAUGCAUUUUUUCAGGGAUGCGAUUUUAGUUUGUUUAAUGGAUUUGCUGGCCGGGUUUUCCGGAGGCUUCGUUAUCUUCUCGGUACUCGGACACGUGUCACAUGAAACUGGAAUUGACAUCACAAGUUUUAAUCAGUCAGGAUAUGGUUUAGGUUUUAUCGCUUAUCCUGAGGCGGCUAAUUAUUUACCUCCACCUCAACUCUGGUGUGCCUUAUUCUUCUUUAUGUCAAUAUUCCUGGGAAUAGACUCUCAAUUUCCAAACUACGAGAUUGUCGUGACAGCAAUUAAAGACGAGUUCAGCAAGCGUUUACAUGGAAAGACAACACAGCUUACACUGAUAGUAAUUGUGUUAGCGUUCCUGCUCGCAAUUCUCAAGUCACAGGGGAAAAAUUAA